CCCACUCAUAUUUUCAAGUGUUUUCUUUUAAGAAACUUAUAGUGCUCUGCUGCGAAGCUUGUUAUCGUUUUGCUCUCUACUUCGUCUUCUACUCCCACCGCUGCAAUAACAACAACAACAACAACAACAACAACAACAAUAACAAAUACACAAUAACCAUACCAUGCAUAGGUCCAGUAAACGACCCAAGCUGGACGGAGCUCCGCCCACCCACCCGGUUUCCCCGUCGCAGCUUCCACGCCGUCUUUCGCACGAGCAAGAGAUCUCCAUAAUCGUCUCGGCGCUGCGCGACGUCGUUUCAGGCAACGACUCGCAGGAAUUCCAAUCCCCAUUAUUGCAGGCCAAUUAUACGACGGCAGCCGCUUCGUCGUCGUCUUCGAAUCCCAACAGCAGUAGCGGAACCGACCAAUGGGGUGGUUGUGGUGGCGCACUGUUGCCGCCUUCUUCUGACUUGGACACGUGUAAUGUAUGCAGGAUCAACGGUUGUCUCGGUUGCAAUUUCUUCCCGCCUUCCAAUACUAGCGAUACCAAUACCACUAACAAUGCUCCACGAGUGGAAAAGAAAGUUCCGAGGAAGAGGACCAAGAAAAACUUCAGGGGAGUUAGGCAGAGACCUUGGGGUAAAUGGGCCGCGGAGAUCCGAGACCCGAGGAGGCAAGCCCGAGUUUGGCUUGGGACUUUUAAUACCGCAGAGGAGGCUGCCAGGGCUUACGAUAAGGCCGCUAUCGAAUUUCGAGGACCGAGGGCGAAGCUGAAUUUUCCAUUUCCCGAAAGCACAUUGAGUGGCCAGCAAGAUGAAGAAGAAGAGGUUGUCGUUGUGCAGGGAGAGACUAUUCAAAAUCCGACCAAUAGCGAAUCGCCCGCGGGAUUGAUUGUCGAGAAUUCUCCAAUCGCGAGGGAAACUGAAAUCUGGGAUAGCAUCGGAGCCGACGAGAUCCAGCAGUGGAUGAUGAUGAUGGAUUUUGCCGGUGAUUCAUCGGACUCUGCUAAUGGCUCUGCCCAAUGCUCAUAGUUUUUUCAAUGAGUGCUUAAAUAUAUGAAACUAGGUAGAGUUUGUAAAUUUUUCAAAAAAAAUUUUAUCUACUUUUGGAAAGUUUAGUUGGCGGGAUUCGGAGGUGUUCUUAUGUUGUCAGGAUGGAAAAUUUUAAAAAAAAAAAAAAAAUCCCAAAUUUAAGCUAUUUUUUUAUAUAUAUAGCGAAACAAAAUUUAAAAUUGUACCUGAUAUAUAUAUAUAUAUAUAAUAUAUUACGUCAUCAUUUUGUUAAUUGGUUUAGUUCAUUAAACAGUAUAAGAACUAUGAGGAAGAGGAAUGGCCACGGAUGUGAAGGAAGAAAAACAUGUUUGGCUGCUGAGAAAGUGUUUGUGGGUCUACCUCAGGUGGAUGUUUGUAGGUCCCACGCGUCGCAAUCCCCAAUUCUUUCAUGGCGCGUUGUUUGGUGAUUCUCUUUUUGCCACCUGAAAUGAAAAUCCUUUACAGAGUGGAAGUGGUGGUCAGGGUGGUUUCAAGUAGGACCGCGUCCACUCAUGAUGUGGGAAAGAAUAUGGCUCUGGAAUAAAUUAGGCCACGUAUGCAAACCACCUGAGCAAACGUGUAAUAUGGACACGUUUUUAUUUCUUUAUAAUAAUAAUUUAUUAUUAUCCAUCAUGUUUAUAUUUUA